AUGAGGUUGCUUCUUCAUCUCUUGCUUGCGUUCCUGGCAACGUUUGCGUUGGCUGCAGACAGCGCGGCCGCUGACAACCCGCUUUCGGUGUUGCCGGCAUGUGCGCAAAAAUGCCUUGCAUCGGCCAUCGCGAAUUCCACAUGCAGUCCGACUGAUGUGAAGUGUACCUGCGAAAGCUCGACCAUUCAAGAAACCUCGGCCAUCUGCAUUGCGACCACCUGCACGGUUCGAGAGUCCCUUACCACCAGAAAUGCGACAGAUACACUCUGCGGUGUCCCUGUCAGGAACAGGACCCCCGACUUCGCCAAUGUCACCAUCGUGCUCGGCGUCGUCUCCGGCGUGGUUGUCCUUCUGCGUAUCGGCUCUAAGCUCUUCAUGAGGAUGGACUUUCAACUGGACGACUACGCCAUCAUCGUAACGCUCUUUUGCGGCAUCCCUUCGUCAGUGAUGAACGUCCGAGGCACUGGCGGAAAUGGAGAAGGCAAGGAUAUCUGGACGCUGCCAUUCGACAUGAUCACCCGGUUUGGAGUAUACUUUUACGUCCUCGAGAUUCUAUACUUCGCUCAGGUCAUGCUGCUGAAGAUGACACUCUUGUUCUUCUAUCUCAACAUCUUCCCAGGCAAAGCCAGGACACUGCUGUGGGGAACUGUUAUCCUCAAUGGCGUGUUUGGAGUUACCUUUAUGCUUCUUGCGGUCUUCCAAUGCCACCCAAUCAGCUUUUUCUGGACAGGUUGGGACGGCCAACACUCGGGUAAAUGCCUCAACAGUAAUGCCAUCGGAUGGGCAAACGCAGCCAUCAGUAUCGCCUUGGAUUUGUGGAUGAUUGCAAUCCCCAUGUGGCAGAUCCGAAAUCUCAACCUCCACUGGAAGAAGAAGGUCGGCGUUGCCGUGAUGCUCCUCGUCGGUACUUUUGUCACGGUGGUCAGCAUCGUUCGACUCCAGUUCCUUGUGAACCUUGGUAGUUCCGCGAAUCCCACAUACGACCAGGUUGACGUCUCUAUCUGGUCCACUAUUGAGAUUAACACCGGUAUUGUCUGCACGUGUCUUCCAUCGCUCCGUCUGUUCUUGGUCCGCCUAUUCCCUAGCCUAGGUGGCUCUUCACAUAAGAACAGCGGCUAUCAGAAUUACCCGGACAACUAUGUCAACAAGUCAGAUCACGCAGGUAGUCGGGCGCAGACGUUGGUUUCAGCUGUGAAAUCUCAGAAUCGCCCGGACCAUAGCGGGAUUGAACUUAACACAAUGUACGAGGUACGGUAUAGCGAUGAGGACGAGUCCAGAUUGGUUAAAAUGCAAGGGGAACAUGGUACGAAGGGAGGAGUGCACGUGGGUAGUUCACGGAGCAUGGGUAGCAACAGCGAGGUGUCACUGUAA